ACGAUUUUUUUUCCCCAUGUCGGGCGUGUUGGAAGAGGAGACUCGCCGGUGUCGCACGGUCUUGGAUCCGCAGCUGCUAAUCUCCACACUUGCCCAAGUUUGAAUACGGCAGUGGGUUUCGCGAGUCGGGCGGGCGGGAGGACGGUUAACCGGAGUCCACAAACCGUCGAGGUGUCUUUACAGCAACGGACGUGUUGUGGGGUUCAUGCGUCCGCACUGUCCUGACGUUCAGCUGGAAACGACUGGGCGCCCCGGACGCUGCGUUACGCGUCUGCUCCAGGUUGCUUAUGGGGGAGUGUAGCCAAGUACAUCAUUCGCCUAUUUUGUUCUAUAUUUCAGAUAUUAACCGGCCGAGGAAAAGGCAAACGCAGCGGUGGUUAAUUUCACGGCUGUUAAAUGUCACUUCAUCUCUCUCUUGCGGGAGAACUCCAGCUAGUACUGGGCUUUAACAUUCCCUGCCGAUGCCUUUUUAUUGCAGUUUAGUUUUGAAGUGCCCGUAGACGGACCUAUUCCUUUGCAUGCAGUUCGUGGGGUUUUUGUUUUUAAAUAAAACGUCAAGAGAAAUAUAGACACGACGCAGUGUGUCCGCCGUAUGUCUCCUCUUGUAUCGGCGUCUUCUGAGUACGAUGAGGGCAGGAUUGCGGCCGCUUCCCCCCUGAUGACGGUGUAGGCUUGUGGCUUUAUCGCACCGUGUUGUUUUAUGACGAGUUCAGAUGCUGUGAAGGAUGGCAUUCUGUGACUGACUUGAAUUAGCGGAGGAGCGAGACGUCCGCCCUCCCCCACAGUCGUGCAGAAGUCGGCUGUCUGAGCCCGGGUGAAGACAAAGGGCCGCUGAACUGGAGUUUGUUCAGAUAAUCAUUAUAAUCGUGGUGAUGACAGUGAUGGUUGUCGUGAUCAUCUGCUUGCUGAAUCACUAUAAGCUUUCCACGUGGUCAUUCAUCAACAGACAGAGCCAAGGCAGGAGACGCGAGGAGACACUGCAGCCGGAGGGGUGCCUGUGGCCAUCGGACAAUUCUGUUUCAAGGCAGGGACCUUCAGAGGUGAUGUACGCCCCACAGUCCAGAGAGAGGUUCACCGCGCCGUCGUUUAUGCACAGGGAUCGAUUCAGCCGCUUCCAGCCCACCUACCCCUACCUGCAGCACGAGAUCGACCUGCCGCCCACCAUCUCGCUGUCGGACGGAGAGGAGCCGCCGCCCUACCAGGGGCCCUGCACCCUGCAGCUGAGGGACCCCGAGCAGCAGAUGGAGCUCAACAGGGAGUCGGUCCGGGCGCCGCCCAACAGGACCAUAUUUGACAGCGACUUGAUCGACAUCGGCCCGCACAGCGGGGGGCCGCGGCCGCCGAGCAGCAACUCGGGCAUCAGCGCCACCAACUCCAGCAGCCACGGCCGGAUGGAGGGGCCCCCGCCCACCUACACGGAGGUCAUGGGGCACUACCCGGGCUCCUCGUUCUUUCUUCACCAGCACAGCAAUAGUCCUCCUUCAGCGCUGCGGGCCGGAAGCCGGACAGCUCAGCCGAGCCAUCCCGAGAGCACAACGGUCCCCGUCAAAGCCGAGGAAAGCCAGCGGGGCAACCUGGUGUGAGGACAGCCCGGUCCCUACCGCGCGCACGCGCGCCGGGCCUGCCCUCCGACCCAGGAGUGUGGCCGCUUUCUCUACACUCCCGUGCACAAACGCGAUAUCGUCCCCCGGCAGAGCAGCACGAACACGAAGGGGGUGGGGGGGGAAACAGGAAGAAGCCGAGCUGCAAACUGGGGCUUCUUUCACAUCUUUUUACGAUGGAUUAUGGGGGAGGGCGUGGGGGGGAUGGGGUGCACACUGCGUGUAAUUUUUUUCACUUCAUAGCUAGCCGUUUUUUUAUCGUUUCCUUUUAAAUGAAAAAACAAAAACAAAGUAUUAGCACAGAUUCUAAACUUUUUUUUUAAAUAAAGGACAAUACUGGCCCUGAGCUAGAGGGAAGUUUAGGCAAUUUUUAAAGACUGAGAUCUAUACACAACCAAGAUUUGAAAACCAAUCGAAAUUCAAAUCCGAGUGCCAAGAAAUAAUAGUGGGGAUUAGAUUGUAUAACAUUCACAAGAAAGAAAGUCCUCUAAAGUUGCACUAUCUUAUUGUUAAGAAGGGGGAACUGCUAUAUGUGAUUUUUUUGUGCGUGUUGUCCUUUCAUCUGUGGAAUGAAUACCAGCUCCAAAGAUUUUUCAGUGGGAGCAAUAGGGUUGUCCUUUUAAUUUCAAAAUCUAAAGGGAUACGUAGAUCCAGCCUACAAUCCUCAAAACAUUUGAAAAACAUGGGGAUGCUCAGUAUUGAUACACAUUUUAUAAAUUCUUUUAACUUGUUUAAAGUGACCGCUUAAUUAUUUUUUCUUUGGAGUCUGUUGGAUGGAAGACUUGUCAUUGUUUUGGCAAUUUAGUACCAAAAUCAUUUACAAAACUACUUCAGAAAAUAUUUUGAGGGCCAUUAAGUGCAGACUGGAGCUCAUCUUUUACUUUAAAACUAAACAUUGUUUUACCAGACUAUGAGAGAGAUUGGUUUGAAAGCUCCCGUCUGCUUUUUAUGAAAGGGUAGAUGCCCUGUAUACUCAAUGCAAUAUAAGCGGAUAUGAUAUUUCGGUCCUUAAUUGUCACUUUCACUUUUAAAAGUUGUUUGUUGUUUUUUUAAAAAAGUGAUACUUUGGCAGAUCUGCGAAGGGUCUUAUAGAGAUCUUCUGUUUGUCGAUUGAAAAGAGCUGAUGACAGCUUUGGUAUGUUGUUUAAAAAGCUCUCCAAGAGUACACUGGAGUGGCUUGAACAUUAAAGGCACGUGUGUGGAUCGCAGAUCGAGCCCUGUCUGCUGCCCUUGCCAGUGUGAGUUUGGUCCAGUGGGGAUGGGUUUGACUGAGAUGGCCAAGAUGUCCUCAGCUUGCUAUGCAGCAGCAACCACUGCUUCUGGCCAAAUCCUGUGAGUUUGCAUGUGUCACUUUACUGUAUAUUGCCUCUUAUUCACACUGCAGACUCCUCAACUAAUUGAAACUUUACAUGAUCAAUACAAGCGAUUAGGAAGUCGGACUGCAAUGGAUUGGAAGGGCUGCAGCAGGAAUAAAGUUGCAUCCGAUUAUCAGUACGUGCAUUAAGACCUAUAGGAUAAGUCCCCUGUAGCUUAUUUUAAAAAGUCAGUUUGACAUUCACACUUUUAAAAACUUUUCUUACGUGCUUUAUUGUCAAUGUCCAUAUAUAAGGAGUCAUUAAGUCUAAAUGAUGGAUGAAAUAGGGCAAGCCAUUUUUACCAUAAAGACACUUUUUUUCAUGUAACUUCCAUACAUUCUCACCAUGUUUUUUAACAGAGUUAUGGUGUCCUGUAGCACAUUUCAACUGCUUUUUAUGAGCUGGUCUUAAAUGUAUUACCUGUGCUAAAUGACUAUUUUCAGAGAAUGUGGAACAAGGGCUCUUGAACACCAUUGCCUUUGUGUUGUGGUGUGUAUUGGUACAUCAUUUUAACCUUUUUAUUUCAUCAGAUUCUUUCAAUUGUUUGCCCGUAGCAAAUCAGUGGCCGCACUUUUGAUGUCCGUAAGAGUCUUGUGAUUUGAUUCAAUCUUAUAAAUACCAUCUCUUGGUGUUUCUUCCCAGAAAUGUCCCGUCCAUCUAAACACAAAAAUGAAGAUGACGAAUUUGCCACUCGCUCAGUUUUUCCAUCCAGCAGCACUCCCAAUGGCAGACUGUUCCAGAGUCUAUCCCAGACACUUUGUCUGGCUUCUCUCUUUUAUAGGAGCCUAGGAAAUAAGAUUAUAAUGGGAAAACAAGGAAAAUCCUAUUUCACAUAAGCCGUAUAUGAAGAUUCAAGCUGGUGUUGGUGAAACCAGGUUUGGGACUGUCAAGUUAAGGGCUACGCGAGGGACCUUUUAAUAACCUUCUUUCUUAGCCUUUUUCUGCGCUUGUUGCCUUGUUCUGUGUUAUUGCUAUCACACAGCAGUAUCAAGAGAACUCCUACUUUGUACUUAAUGUAUUGCCCACCUGACUGAAAAUUAAACGUAAGUGGAAGUACUUGUGCACAAAGCUUCCAGAUCCUUUUCAAAAUGAGUAAGCAGCCCUUUUGGUUAAGGGAUGGGUAUCCUGGGCCUUUGUUAAAUCAUCACCUUCCAAAUGAGACUUCAGAACACUUUCGAAGUGCUGGCCAAGGUGCUCCAACAAAAUUAAGGUCCUUCCAAGUGACUUGACUGGUCCUGAGCAUGGGUCGAGCUCCACGGUCAUGGGUUCGAGCCUGGGUCAUGUUACUAGCUGGCUGCAACUAGGGUUGCCUGAGCAGCAAAGCACAGUUGGCUGAAGGCCUCAGUGGGUUGAAGUGGGAUUAAAUGGCAGGGCACUCUGGGCUCCCAGCAGCCUCCUCAGGUGUCUGCAGGCUUGUGGUCUGUUGGUGAGGGACACGCCUCUCCUUCAACCAGUUCUGAUCCUCCUGCACAGGGCUGCUUUGUUUGCAGUGUGGUAAUAGACAAGUGGUUCCACAUUGGGCUGAUUUGGAGGAGUCGACCUGCACUCUCUCAUUCUCCUGUGCAUGCUCACAGGUUCAUAGAUCCAAGUCAAGAGAGUUGGCUAUUCCAGAUCUGGUGGUUUUAACAGAAAAAAAACUUUAAAAAAAACUUCUACUUAGUAUACUUCUUAACCAUGCGGUUGCUUGGUUUCAUGAUGUCUCCCUUUGGUAAGUCUAAGUGACAGCAAGUAACUUUGCUGAAAACUUGAGAAAUUGCUUAAUUGGUUGAACUUUAGGGAGGCUAAAUGGUAUAAACCUUGAGUAGAAAUUAGCCAAGAUGCUGGGGUAGGCUCCCCUGUUCUUAGGAACAGUGCCAUGGGAUCUUUAAUGACCAAGUAGAAAAGACUUUUGAUUAACAUCUCAUCCAAAAGACAGCACCUCUUACAGCAUAUUGUCCCUGAUCACCAUAGAGAAGACUUUCUGGUACUGGGGGAAGGGUGCCACCUACUGGUCAACCAAUAGCACUUACAGCUGCGACUUGUUUUCCUUGCAGCUCUCCCACCCCAGUACUGUACUGACCAGGCCCAGCCUUGCUUGGCCUCGAGAUCAGGGUGUACACAGUUGUAAGGUUGCUGUCAAUGCUGAAAUUUAAAAGUUAGAAGUUUCUGGUGAAGAACUGAGGUAAAUGUUCCUACAGAGAGAUGAGCACCAGAGGCAAAAACAGAAACGGACAUGAAUGGAAAUGUGCAGGGAUCGAUGUGCAGAAAGUCAGUUUGACUUGAAAGCUUUGAAAGCAGAUAUCCUUAAUGUCCAGAACAUAGAGAAUUUCCUGAAGCAGCUCAUUUGUUUUUUAAUAAAGGCUUUUUGUUAAUGCCUUCAUUGUGAAGUAACUAUUUCUAUGGAGGAUUUUUUUUUCCUCCAGAAAAUACCUUUGAACAAGUUCAGUUUUUGUAAUGGGGUGUUAGCAUUUUGAAAUGGAUCUGAAUUGUAUUCCGUGUUCUGCAAAUUGUGAAAGGGGCAAUGUGACGCUUUGUAUUUAGUAUGAACAAACGCAAAAAUAUACCUCCCCCUGCCUAGACUUCAUUCUGCUACUUCACUGUGUUUUGAUGAGCAAUGAAGACCUUUCUUUUUCUGUAAAAACUUUGAUUUCAGAUACGAUUUUGAAGAAAACCUUCCUUACUUUGAUACUGAUGUAUUGCUUGUCAUGCAUUAAGAUGAACUCUGCCGUUCCAUGCUAAAGACCAGAGUUUCUGUUUGUUGUUUCUAUAUUGCUGCUGCUAUUGCUACUGCUGCUACUGCUACUACUGUUGUUGUUGUCAAUUGUUUCAUAUGUUAGCUUCCUGUAGAGCUCAGUAUUUGUUAGGACCUUUUUUGGUGUGAGAAGCAGUUAUGUUUGUGCUUUUUCUUGUUUGCUUGUUCCGUCUGCUGUUGUAGUUCAAAAGGAAGAAAGUUUUUUUUUAUUGUUUUCUAUGAGGAGUUUUGCAUGUUACUAUUAAUGUGAGCAAAUAAGGUGCCUAAUGUUCAGGUUUGAGCAGAUGUAGGAACCCACUUGCACUCAAAUGCUCCCACCUUCGUUGUGCCUCACUUUCCAAUGGUGCUUUUUCAGUUGUCUGUCUUUCUUUGUUUAUUUGUAAGGUGCUGUAUAUAACUUGAAUAUAUAUUAUGCACAUAUCCUACCCAAUGGGUAGAAACAACGGAAAAAAGACAUUGUUAAUAAUGUAAGAUAAUGUAUAGAUAUAAAAUUUUAACACAAUGGCAUCAAAUUUGUGAAUGCCUCCAAUGUGCUUUGUCUUUUUGUAAACAGGAAAACGUUUGCAAAGUAAUGCAUAAAAAUUAUUAAAAAAAACACUACUUAUUAUUUUCCUAUAAAUCUGUUAUGGUGAGGAAGAAGAAAAACAUGUUAUGAAUUUAGGCAGUUGUGGAACAGGAUUAUUAGUUGUUUGGUAUCUUUUUUUUUUCCCAGAAAAAAUAACCUGCAGCAGAGCGCUUGCCAUUUGUGUGUGACACUGUUAUUUGGUUGGACCAGUAUUAGUUAAAUAAACAUAUUUGACCAGAGCAGUGUCAAAAUGUU